AACUAACACAACUAACUCAACAUUUAAUGUAAACUAUACUCGCAACACGAAUACACACAAAACCCAAGAACACAAAACAAAAAAAAAAAAAAACAAAAAAAAAAUAUAUAAAAUAAAAACAAUGGAUUUAGUAAUAGAGGAUCCAAAGGAACCGUAUGAAGAAGGAGUUUAUGUACAAGAAUCUUCUGUUCCACUGAAUGACAAAGUAGAGCAGGAGAAGGAGCAAAUACCAAGAGACUUAGAUAAAACUCCAUCGGAUCAAGAAGACACAGAGAAAAAGUGGAAAAGAACGACUAUAGCGAAUGAGGUUAAGUUAUUGCCAUACAUAGGGGGUAAAGAUGUGAAUAUAGAGAAGAUUGUUAAACGCGAUAUCUCGAUAGCCACAAUUGAGGAUAUCAAAAAUCGUAAGAAAGAGGCACGACAAAUGAAAAAACAACUCAAUCUAGAGCGAAUUGAGCGUAGAUUAGAAGAGAUGCUAAAACGUGAUUCCGAAUACAAAGAAAUGAAAGAUUUAAAUAAACAAGAAAGAGAAUCGGAAAGAUUAAGUAGACGAACGGAAUCAAGUAUACUAUGUGAAGAUUACGAUCAAUUACUUCUAGAUGAGUUGGAAGAUGAGAUAUCGACAUCAGAAACCACAAGCGAAUCUGAGAACGGCGAAAAUCUUACCAGACUUUCUUUUGCCGAUACCAUAUUCGCAGCCCUCGAAGAUAUGCCCAAUGUAUCCGAAUUAUCCCUUAGCGUUGAAGAAGAUGAAAUCGAAAGACGUAGUCAAAGCUUCAUAAGCACCAAAUCUGUGGACACUGGUCAUUUUGUUGACCCACUAACAGGAGAAUCUCUUCACAGCUCUUCAGAAACUUAUAUCGAGAGUUUGAAUGAGGAAGUUGAGCAGUAUAUCGCAGAUGAUAGUGAUAGUUAUGUGACUCUAUCCCUGAGUGAUCUGCCCAUGGACGAUUUGCCAACACCACGAAGAAGGACAAACAACCAGUCUGACGAAUACGACCCGAACUUACUUAAUUUUAAUUUAGCGCAAACGGUUGUAAGAGAUUACUCCUCAAUACCAAGUGGUAAUCUCGAUGUUGGACAAGUCAGUGAACAAAUUGUUUCCGAUUUUCUGCAUAUUCUUCUGAAAUCUGUUGUGAAUGAAGCCGAUACGGCUAUCUCCAAAGCCCUGCUCACUCAACGUCUUGACAUUGUGAAGCUUUACCAAGAGCUGGAAAAGGUUGUGGAACAACAUUUAGUAGAGAAAUAUCGUAAUACUGCAUUGAAUCUAAAAACCGUGGAAUACUGUAGACGAAAUAACAUGCUUCAUCAUAUCGAGGAUCGUAGUUUCUACACCGAAAUAAUGAACAGGCAUCGUUAUUUCCAGACCCUUCUACGCUUAGAUUUGUUGCGAAAACGUGUAGCUGAGACGAAAAGUCAGUGUAGCUCUCUUUUAGUCGAUGUCUUAUCGGAGUUACAUAGUGCUGAAACUGUUUCCAUGUAUUUGGAUGAACGUCUAUCGAAUUUGAUAUAUAAAACUAUUGUAACUAAGGACUCGGAACUACUCACAAAGUUUGUUGAACGUGAAAUGAGUUUGUUGAAUAACAAGCGGAAUGAAGUAAGCGAUUUGCGUUUGCAUCUCAUUGCCAAAAAUCAUAAUUUGGCACGUUACGAUGAGAAAAUUGGUCAUCUGGCAACUAUUAAUGAAGAGGUUAACAUGGACACUUUUCUUCUUGUGCAAAAUCAAUGCAUAAGUCUGGAAAAGAAACUCGAAGAGAAAUCAUCAAGUCUGAAUUCUAUGCAUAGUCAUUUCUACCAUGAAUUGCAUUCGCUAGCCCAUAUACGAGAGCGAUGCGUUGAAUUGUCCGAACAAUUGCAGAUGGUCAAUGCAACAUACGAUGCAAAAUAUAAAUACCAAUUGGAAUUACGUGAAAAAAUAUUUCAUCUUAAAAUGCAACGAGAUAAUACACGUAAACAAGUGCGUAAUUUAACCUUUCAGGGCGGUCUACUUCGAUACCAUAGUCUUAUGGUCGACUUUGAUGAUACCGUGGAGAAAGUCUCAAAGUUGCAGGCCAAUGUACAAAAUCAAAGAAAUAUUAUGCAACAACUGGAGGCAAAACUUGAAGCUCUUACAACUCCUAGAAGUCGUCAGUAAAGAGGAUCGACCUUUUACUUUUUCAUUCAGAUAUAAAAAACAAAAAAAAAGAAAACUUGCACUCAUUUCCAACAAGUAUUGUACUAUAAUAUAUAAAAUAAAUAAA